CAAAUAACCAUCCUCAUCUCUUCUUACCAUAACUCUCUCACACAUCCCAGCGAUUAAUUUAGCUCCUACUUGAAAUCGACAUCCUCGCAGUCCACCGCCAAAAAAAACAUAAACCAUGGCGACAAGUUCAGCCUCAUCAAAUCCGAUCGGCCACGAAACAGGCCCUAUCACAGACUCCGUCUCCAGCCCUUCGACAGAGAAAAAGGCUGCUGUUCAAGAUGCCGUGAAUGCUGAUGCUAAAGCUGCGGGUUCACCAAAGCCAAAGACUGAAAAAGAGCUUGAAAAGGAACGCAAGAAGGCCGAAAAGGAAGCUAGGUUUUCUGCGAAAAAGGCGAAGGCUGACGAGGCUAAAAAGAACGCUCCCCCAAAAGCCGAGAAAAAAGGGAAGAAGGUAGAGACUGCUGUUGUCGCGCCAUAUGUGGAGGAGACUCCUCCGGGACAGAAGAAGAUUCUGAAAUCUCUUGAUGAUCCAGCCUACAAGUCUUACAAUCCCGAGGUCGUUGAAUCGGCGUGGUACGACUGGUGGGAGAAGGAGGGAUUCUUCAGUCCAGAGUUCACACCCGAAGGUGGAAUUAAGCCUGAAGGGAUGUUCAUGGUUCCAGCCCCUCCGCCGAAUGUUACAGGUGCGUUACAUAUCGGGCAUGGCUUGACUAUCGCUAUUCAGGAUACCAUGAUCAGAUGGAAUCGCAUGUUGGGGAAGACGGUCCUCUUCCUGCCCGGAUUCGAUCAUGCAGGUAUCAGCACACAGAGUGUGGUAGAGAAAAUGCUCUGGAACAAGGAGAAAAAGACCCGACACGAUCUUGGGCGGGAGGCAUUCACAAAACUAGUAGAAGCCUUCACCAUGGACGAGAACUUGUCAAAGGCCCUCAAGGGUCGGACAAUGCUUUCUGUUCCGGGUUAUGACGAGAAGGUCGAGUUUGGUAUGAUUGUAUCCUUUGCCUACCCCAUCGAAGGUAGCAAUGAGAGGAUUGUCGUGGCAACUACUCGUCCCGAGACAAUGUUGGGAGAUAGCGCCAUUGCCGUCCAUCCGGAUGAUGAGCGUUACAAGCACCUCCAUGGCAGGUGUGCCAAGCACCCUUUCAUCGAUCGCCUACUCCCUAUUAUCACCGAUACAUAUGUUGAGAAGGACUUUGGUACUGGCGCUGUCAAAAUCACCCCUGCGCAUGACCCUAACGAUUACGCGAUUGGAGAACGACAUAAAUUAGAUUUUAUCAACAUUUUGAACGAUGAUGGCAGUUUCAAUGAGAACGCCGGUGAGAGUUUUAAGGGAAUGAAGAGGUUUACCGCUAGGAAAGUUGUCGUUGAGGAGCUGAAGAAGUUGGGACUCUAUGUGGAGACGAAGGACAAUCCUAUGAGUGUUCCGCUAUGCAAUAAAUCGAAGGACAUCAUUGAACCCAAGAUGAAGCCACAGUGGUGGGUACGACAGAAGGCCCUUGCUGAUACCGCUAUGGAAGCUGUGCGCAAUGGGGAGAUCAAAAUUAGACCUGCUACAUCCGAGAAGGAAUUCUUCAUCUGGCUUGAGAGAAUUCAGGAUUGGUGUAUUUCUAGGCAGCUUUGGUGGGGGCAUCAGGCCCCAGCUUGGUCUAUUCACUUUGAGGGUGAAAAUAUCGCUGAUUUUGAUUAUACCAACAAUGACAACUGGAGGUUCACUUUGGACAGAGAUCCUGAUGUCUUGGAUACCUGGUUUUCUUCUGGUCUUUGGCCGUUUUCUAUCUUGGGCUGGCCCGAGAAGACACCCGACAUGUCAAAAUUUUACCCCAACUCCCUCCUGGAGACUGGAUGGGAUAUCCUGUUCUUCUGGGUUGCCCGUAUGGCUAUGCUUGGUAUAAAAAUGACAGGAAAAGUCCCUUUCAACGAGGUUUUCUGCCACUCGCUUGUUAGAGAUUCAGAUGGCCGUAAAAUGUCCAAGUCUCUCGGGAAUGUUAUCGACCCGUUGGACAUCAUUAAUGGCAUCUCCGAUGCAAUGCACUUCGCCUUCUGCCAUUACACUACUGGUGGUAGGGAUAUCAACAUGGAUAUUAAGGUUAAUUCCAAUAAAGGAUUGGAGGAGCGUAACUUCUUAUUGGCUACAGAUGAGAUUUAUCGGUAUUGGCUAUACGAGUUGUGCGACGUCUACAUCGAAAACUCGAAACCCCUUAUUUUAGAGGGUACUGAAGAACAAAAGCGUUCGGCUCAAGAUACCCUAUACACAUGCCUUGAGGGAGCACUGUUGUUGAUCCACCCUUUCAUGCCAUUCGUUACGGAAGAGCUCUGGCAGCGCCUUCCGAGGCGUCCUAAUGACGCUAAUCCAACAAUCGUCAAGGCUGCAUACCCAAGAUACACCGAGGAGUUGGAUAAUCCGGAUGCCGAGAGGUCUUACGACCUCGCAUUCUCUGUCGUCAAGGGUAUCCGUUCAAUGCAAGCUGAAUACGGGAUAAAAGACAAAGCAGAAGCAUACAUCCACGCUAAGGACGCCGAAACUUUCUCCACUACCUCGGAGCAAAAGCCAAGUAUCUCUGCGCUCGUCAAGGGCCUUGAAUCGCUCCAAAUCCUGGGAGAAAACGACUCCCUCCCAGACGGUUGUGGCGCCUUUGUCAUUUCGGAAACCUGUACUGUCUACCUCCUCGUUAAAGGCCGUGUAGACGUUGACGCGGAAAUUGAGAAGACAAGGAAGAAGAUUGCGAAGGCGGUUGAGAGCAGAAAGAGGCUAGAGAAGGCUCGAGCUGUCAAGGAUUAUAUCAGCAAGGUGAGGGCUGAAGUUCAGGAGGCGGACAGAAUCCGACUCGGCGAGAUGGUAGCAGAGGAGAAGACUCUACAAGAGUUGGUGGCGAAAUUCGAAGGACUACGGGCAUGAUAUGGUGAUGUGCCUCUGAUGCUGUUGGGUGAUUUUCGGUAGACUGUGAAUAAAAUGUUCAUUGUGUUGGAAUUCUUGGGGAUAGAAGUUCUUGAUUGGCUAUAGCACUCUAAGGGGUGUUUGGUAACGUGACGUUUGAGUGGUAAACCUACCCAAACAGCAGUUUGGGUGGGUUGGGGCGUUUAGCUACACGCUGCUUCCAAACAAUGUUUUCUAGAGUUUCAAAACUUCAGUUUUGUGGGGCAACUUUCAGUCCAUAAACUCUACUUUUGACACCAGUUUUACUCAAUUAAAGUUGCUUAAUUAGGAUUUAACCUCUUCCACUGAUUAAUAAAUUUCCCCUUCUUUUACCUUAA